CUUGCUUCCUACUCAAAUGCUCGCCAGCUUACGUGCCCGUUGUCCUGUUGCAUUAUCCAGAUCUUUCACCACUGGUACAGUCAAUGGAUUAGUGGGGGCAAUUGGAAACACGCCAUUGAUAUACCUCAAGGGUUUGUCAGAAAGGACAGGAUGCCGGGUGCUUGGCAAGGCUGAGUUCCAGAAUCCUGGUGGGAGUGUUAAAGAUAGAGCUGCGCUGGGUCUCAUCAACGAGGCGGAGGGCAAUGGCCUUAUAAAACCGGGUGGAACCGUUGUAGAAGGUACUGCAGGCAAUACUGGAAUUGGUCUUGCCCAUGUAUGCCGAUCAAAAGGUUACAACUGUGUCAUCUUCAUGCCCAAUACGCAGAGUCAAGAGAAAAUAGACCUCCUGCGCAUGCUUGGUGCUGAAGUCUAUCCAGUACCUGCAGUCCCUUACGAAGAUCCCAAGAACUACAAUCACCAAGCCCGAGAUUUUGCCAAAGCGCUCAACAACUCUAUCUGGACGAACCAAUUCGACAACGUCGCAAACGCGAAAAUCCAUUACCUCACUACGGGCCCAGAAAUAUGGCAGCAGACAGAUGGAAAAGUGGAUGGCUUCAUUUGCGCAACGGGUACUGGCGGGACACUUGCAGGAGUCGGGAAAUUCUUAAAAGAGAAGAGCAACGGAAGGACACAAAUCUGGCUGGCUGAUCCACCCGGGAGUGUACUACACAGUUAUAUCAGUAGCGGUGGCAAAUUGGUUGAGCGAACGGGAAGCUCAAUUACUGAAGGUAUUGGCCAAGGGCGAAUCACAGAUAACCUUGCUACAUUCGUAAAGGAUGUGGACAGCUCGCUCCAUAUUGCGGACGAGAAAUCAAUCUCAAUGGUAUACGAGAUGUUAGCCACGGAGGGUUUAUAUAUCGGAGCAAGCUCUGCCUUGAAUGUCGUGGCAGCACAUGAGAUGGCGCAAAAGCUUGGACCCGGCAAGACCAUUGUCACUGUCAUUUGCGAUGGCGCAUACCGCUACCAAAGUAGACUGUUCUCAAAGAAGUGGCUACAGUCAAAAGGUCUCGCGAACGCCAUCCCUGGAAAUCUGAAGAAAUACGCUGUAUUGGACUAAAAAAAUCAGAAUCGAAAAUAUACUUAACUUUUGCCCCCCGAAUCCGAUGUGUGCGGAUCUUCUGGCGAUCCACGUGCUAUUUGACCCUUGAACACUGACUCAUCUAACGGAGACAAGGUCCGCUUUAAAACUACUAUCAACACUGUGAGUCGCUGAGUUUUCUUCUGGUGCUUGAUCAUGGCUAUGUCACUCCCCAGACAAUUCCACCCCUUGAAAGUAAACUCUCGCAGUGGGGAGCCGUAUCUACAGCUUUCUGCACCUCUUGAUAACAUAACCAUCACACCUAAUCGUCUGAGCGAUGCUCAAGUAUCAGUUCAAUUCCUGAAUGAUCCCCGUGUCUAUAAAAUGUUGAUUGGCCCACCGUAUCCGUAUCUUCCGAUACACGCCGAAGAAUGGAUGGCUAAAUGCAUAGAGAGUUCCGAUGCAAUCUUUGAGACGCUGAAAACGGCGGAGACGAGAAACUCUGACGAAACGGAGGCUACGCUCAUACAUGUCGAUGGAUGCCCUGUGCGCGCUCUUCGGGAAGUACAGCCGGAUGGGACAGAUGUCUUCAUCGGUGAUAUUGGCAUAAUAAGAUCUGGACGCUUCGAAUAUCUGCGGGAUAAAGGGAAGGAAAAGACGCUUACAGAAUAUAACGCUUCGUUACCUGCUGGUAAUCCCGAAAUAAUCUGGGACAUUGGAUAUUAUCUUGCACCCGCUCACCAUGGCAAAGGAAUUAUGUCCGCAGCACUCCGCACCAUCAUACACUCUUGGGCUAUCCCGCGGAUGAAUGUACACGUCAUACGCGGGUCGGCGUUUUCUGGGAACCCUGGGAGUGUGAAGGUGUUUAUAAAGAAUGGAUUUCGGGACUUUGAUUUGGUUGAGGAGUGUGUGAAGCUACCAGAAAUUAAGGGCGGUGAUGUAUUUGGAUUGCACUUCCUUGAGUGGAGAAGGCCAGUACCAGAUGUCUAACAUUGGAUAAAUGUGAUCGGUCUCGAUACACUCGCUGAGCAUAUUGCAUUGUUAUGUGUAAUUUGAGUGAUCAUUGCCAAAUUGAAAUUACC